GAACCAGCCAACAAGAUGCAAAAACCAAACGACCUAGAACAAACUACAUCAUCAUCGGAAUCAGCUACACAACAACCUAUUGUUACUCAAGCUAAACCAAAGAAGCUUCCAGUUACAGUCUUGACUGGUUUUUUGGGAGCAGGUAAAUCAACAUUAUUGAAUUAUAUUCUCUCUCAAAAUCAUGGAUAUAGAAUUGCAAUUAUUGAAAAUGAAUUUGGUGAAGUAUCGAUUGAUGAUGCUCUUAUUGUUACAUCAAAGGAAGAAGUUGUUGAAUUGAGUAAUGGAUGUUUGUGUUGUACAUUGAGAGGAGACUUGAUCGGAGCCUUGACCAAGUUAUCACAAAAGAAGGACAAGUUUGAUUAUAUUUGCAUUGAAACUACUGGUUUGGCUUUACCGGGUCCUAUUGUUCAAACUUUCUAUCUUGAUGAACAAGUGAGAAAUGAAUAUUAUCUUGAUGGUAUUGUUACAGUGGUUGACAGCAAGCAUAUUAUUCAACAUUUACAUCACCAUCAUCAUGAAAAGAAACAUGGCGAAGAGGAAGAAGAAGAAGAAGAGGAAGAAAAUGAAGCUGAAGAUCAAGUUGCCUUUGCUGAUAGAAUUAUUGUAAACAAAGUUGACCUCAUUGAUGAAGAUACCAAGAAGAAGGUUCUGAAAAAGAUUAGAAAGAUUAAUGGUUUGUCACCAAUUUGUGAAACUAGCCAUUCCAAGAUUGACUUGUCUUUUAUUUUGAAUAUUCGUGCAUUUGACAUUGAUAGAGUUUUGAAUAUGGAUCCAAACUUGUUGAAGGAAAUGGAUGAACAUCAACAUGAAGAAGAACAUGAUCACCACCACAAGCAUGACCAUCAUGAUGCUGAGGUCACUUCAUAUGCCAUUGUCAAACCUGGUGUUGUUGAUAAGGAAAAGUUUGAGGAUUGGUUGUUGGACUUGUUGACUGAACGAGGAUUGGACAUUUAUAGAACUAAGGGAUUCCUCAAUGUAGGAGAAGCAAAACCUCUCGUUGUUCAAGCUGUUCACAGUCUUUUAGAUAUGAGAUUCUUUGGUGAAUGGAAGAAUAAUGACACAACAAACAAGCUUGUUUUCAUUGGUAAAUAUUUGGAUCAUGAAGAAUUAAAUGAAGGUUUCAACGCAUGUUUGAAACAAUAAACUUCCAUGUUACACUCU